GCCGCGCCCGCACUCAGAGUCAAGUUCGUCGCGUCGGAUCCCGCCCGCGGCGGUUUGCCCGUGAAACGCAGACAAGUCCACCAAGCCUGUGACUCGUGCAGGCGGAAGAAGGUAUCGCGAUGCGCCUCACAAAGUCUCCCGCCCGCUGGCCAUAAGGAGUUUGCUGACCGCCGUCUCAGCAGCACCAAUCCGCCACCUCCCUUGCGGCGUCCUCUCCCAUCAGCCUACGGCAAUGGCCGAGCCCCAGCAAACGGCACGCCUGAUGCUGUCGCGCGGCCGCAGUCGUCGCGCUUUGUAGGUGACUUGAACCCCGAGGGCAUGUUCAUGGAGGCGGCAGUCCCCAACGUGACUCGCGCCUCGUCGCAGAAGGGGGACGUGGGCAUCUGGUUUCCCUCAACCACCACCAGUCAGCCGUCCCAGUUCAUCACAUCGCGGCCUCCGCCCGUUAUGGACGGCUUCAUGCUUCCCUUUGUCCGCGAGCACUGCCUGACCUGCUUGCCCCCUGACGCGGACUAUGUGCGACUCAAGAGGGUGUUUCUGCAAAAGGUUCAUCCCAUCUUUCCCGUCAUCCCAGUAGCCGCCCUCGACGGGCCCACGGACAAUCCCGCCAACAUCGUCCUACGGCAACUUGCUUGUCUGGCAGCCGGUUCCGAUCCAGAGAUGACGCCGUUCCUGCGUCUGAACAACAAGGGCCCCAACCCGCUACGGCCCGCCGAAUUCUCCAGCACAUUGUCUUCAUCAGUUCGUGCUAUCCUGGAGACCAGCAUUAUCCCCGACAGGGUCGUGCAUAUACAAGCAUUGACUAUGCUGUCUCUGUACACACAGCCCACCUGCGCUGAGGAGUCCGACUUGCCGGCCCAGCUUGGUGGUAGGGCGAUCCAUCACAUCCAGACUCUGGGACUGCACCUUUUGAGAUAUGACGGACCCAACUUCAGCGACUUGGAAAACCUCUUUUGCGCUGUGUGGGCGCUCGACCGGAUCAACGCCGCCAUGUAUGGACGACCGUGUCUGAUCCACGAAAGGGAUAUAGGAGCCGAUCUUGACGCAUGUAUCAGGAAGCGCGAGCCUGCCUUUCGCCUUUUGCUAUCAGUGGCACAGUGGCUAGACAAGGUGGUGGAAUUGUACCGCCCUGGUCCGAGUGCCCAAGUGUCUGGCUUCGAUAAGGUCGCAUACAUUGACCUCCCGGUUCUUGAAGCCAUGAUUGUGGACGCAGACGCACUCAAAGUCCCAACAUCACUUAUCGCUACUAUCGAGACAUUCUACCAUGCUGUCAUCAUCCUAUCAUGCCGACUGCCUCGGCCAGGAACAAGAAUCGCGGCCUCGACAUUACCGCCGCCGUCUGCCAAUGCCCGCCGCUCAUUGGCAGCCGAGCGCAUCGCAUGUGCAGUACCAAGAGACUGCCUGAGCUCCUUUCCAUUCAUUCCCUACGCUGUAUCUCUCGCUUUGAGCGUUGAGUAUCGAAAGAUGAGGCACAGCCGGCUGCCAAUGUUCCGCGCACGAGCCAUGAGCGCCUUCAAGAGAAAUUGUGACCUCCUCCGAACCUAUGGAGACCAUUACUGGAGCGCCGGAGUUGUUGCCGGGCUCGGAGAGGGCGUCCUGAGGGAAAUGGAGCGCGCUGCCAACACGCUGGCCAAGGACUUGAGCCCCCAACCUGCUGAGGUACAGCCGAAGCCUGUGCCCAAGAAUCACGACAGCUCAACACCACAGGACGCGGGACCGACGCCGUCAGGAGAGGCGCCUCCCAUGAAUCACACCAUGGGCUAUGAUAACGUCCUUGACUUUUCCGUCAUCGAGGCCAUUUCCGGGCAGGACGUGUUUGGGCACAUUGACCCCAACUUCAACCUUGACGCAGUGGAAGAUGCCCUGGAAGCAAACCUUGAUAUCGGCCUCCCGCCUAAUUGGGGAGAUUGGGGGCAGUUUGCCACAUGAGCAGGGGGAAACAGUUUCAGCGACAUGACAUUCACACUCGA